CCUCCCAUCUUUUUGUGUCGUUGCUCCUCAAUUCAAACAAAACCCUCUUUUGGUAGAUAGGUAUUUCAUUCAAGAGCCUGACAAACUACCGGAGUCGAAACUACUUUUGGUGUACGUCUGUACUCCCAGGUUUCAGGUUUCGUCCAGAAAUUGAAGAGAGAAAAAAAGCCAGCUGCAACCACCACCCGCUCACUGCGGAACACAACAUCCAGUCUGCAACGUUAAACAUAACGAGAACAAUCUCGAUUCAUCAGCGCCAAAAAUAAUCACUGCUUCUGCUUCACAAGCACUCAUAAACAAAAACCAAGUUUUCACUGGCAUCAUGGUCUACUGCGGAAAGCCCUCAAGGGGCUGCCAGAUGUGCAGGACUCGUCGAAUCAAGUGUGACGAGACAAAGCCAACGUGCAACCAGUGUGCAAAGUCUCGGCGGCAAUGUCCCGGCUACAAGGAUGAGUUCGACCUGGUCUUCAGGAACGAGACCAACGCCACUAAAAAGAGGGCUCAAAAGGCCAGCCGCAAGGCCAUGAACACCAAGAUCGUGCGGAUAGACGCCAACGGUAGUGACAACCAACUGUCUGCCGUUUCCAGGGACCCCUUCAACAACCAGCUAUCAACCAUCGUGCCCAGCCUAACUGUUGCACCCGAACAACACGCACAAUGUCACUUUUUCGCCAACUUUGUCUUGGUGCCUAGGCAGGAUGGGUCGCGAGGUUUCAUGGAUUAUCUGGUCCCCAUGAUGGCCAAAGAGGCGAACAACACUCACCUGCGCCAUGCCUUCAACGCCUGUGCAUUGGCAUCGCUCGGAAACAAGGUGACGGCCAACGGCAUCAACUUUGGUGACCGCGCGUUGACUGCGUACACCAAAGCCCUGGCAGCGACCAACAUUGCUUUGCGCCAUCCAGAAGAGAGGAUGUCGGAUUCUGUAUUGGCUGCAAUCCUACUAUUGGGACUGUUUGAGAACAUAACAGCAAAGCAAAUGGGCAUGUUUGCUUGGGGAUCUCACAUAGAGGGUGCUGUUGAACUAGUCAAAUCUCGCGGCAGGAAGCAGCUGAGCACCAAGUCGGGAUUACUACUCUUUAUUGCUGUCAGGACACAGAUGAUCAUUCACACUCUUACCACAGGCAAGGCGCCUAUAAUGGGUACUGAGUGGUGGAUGUCAGAUGCUGUCAAGGUGCCUGCAGCGGCCACUUGCCAAGGCAUCAAUAUCAAGACCGGAGAGCUGCGAGCCGAGGUCACUAGGUUGAUGACUACCAUGUCGCGGACACCCGAAAACAUUGAGCUGAUGCUGGACAUGAUUCGACGGGCGCAAAUGGUGGAUCAGGAAGCCCAGGCCUGGCUCAGGGAAAUGCCUGAGAGCUGGCGAUACAAGACGGUUGCAUGGGAGGACAAGGUCCCGAACGGCGAUUACAGCAAAGCCGAUGUCUUCCCGGGCCGUGUAGACAUGUACCCCGAUUUCUGGACCGCCAGCGUCACCAACAUGUGCCGGACCUGCAGGCUGAUUCUCGCCUCCAUUAUUGUCCGAUGCGCCGCCUGGGUAGUCUCCCCGGUGGACUACAGGACAACUCCAGAGUACGCGACCGCGGCGAGGACUUGCGUCGACACCAUCACGGACAUCAUUGCUUCCGUCCCAUACCAUCUGGGCUGGCAUCUGAAGCGCAAGGAGAUUAUCGACCGCCACGACUUGUCUGGUUUCGCGUGUGGAGAGGAGGACACCAUGAAAGGAUUGGCUGGAUACUUCCUCACCUGGCCUUUGACCUGCGUUAACUCUCAGGACUACAUCACCGACGCUCAGAGGGCUUGGGUCUGCGGACGUCUCAAGUACAUUGGCAACGAGCUGGGCGUCAGGUACGCCAUUAUGCUGUCUGAGCUUCAAAUAAGGCUGCCAUCAAUGUUGAUUCGCCGCGACGGUUUAGUGGCGCAGCCAUACCCCAACGCCAGCAACCUGGAACAGCUGCUGUCGUCAGCGAGGCAUGCGCCACCGACAAACGGCUACGCUCUCAACCCCAUCCAGCAGCGCGAAGCAAUGCACAAGCGGCAGAUGGACGAAACCAAGGCAGAAAUCCUACUCAAGGCGACGGCUUCGGCUGGACCAUCGGGACAAUGGGUUGCCCAGAAGAUGCUGGCUGUCUGAAGGGCCAAAGAAAAGAGACCGUCUACGGGACGCUUCGUCGUGAUGUUUUUUCCUUCCUUUUUUUUUUCUUUUCUGCUGAGUGGGCGGGGAUUUUGUGCAUGUCAUGUGCUCGUUGGGGAUUAUUGGUAUAUGGGGCGUUUGAGUAUUUACACUGGUACGAUUUGUUCAAUUUUCUUGUUGGGCUCGUUUACUUUGAUGCUUGUUGUGCGGUAUAUAUACUGGCCUGGUCAUCGACUGAUUGGGAGUGGAAUCGGAUUCAUAAAGUAAAGCGAGAGUUUCGGUGGGUGCUUUGGGCGGCUUUAUAGAGAUUUACGGUUGAUGAAGACGUGGAUAGUUAGUUGAUCAUAUAGGAGAGGGGCAUUGCGAGCCAGGGACUGUUUUAGUAAGAACACGAGAACUGAUGAGCCUAUACUGGACAUUAUGAAAGUGUACGCUCAUAAUGAGUUUACUAGUAUUUCAGUAAUGAUAAGCAGCCUAUUAAAAACUGGGAUACAUUCCUCAUUCUAUUGUGGAAACAAAUAUAUCGUCUAUUGCGCCCAAUGCCAAUCAAUGGCCUUCAAUAGCUCAAUCCCAUAAAAUCGAAAAACGUCCUCGAAGUCAUCGAAUAAGUUCAUACAAAUAAAGUAAAUCAACCAUCUAGUCGGGUUAGGUAGGUAUGUACCUGGGUAUCUUGAAGGGAUAGUUCAUGUAAGCUCACGGAGGUGUCAAGUCGCACCACGCUCCUUAAUUCGAAAAAAAGCCUCUCUAUCGUGGGCCGUCCACAUCUUCCCGUCUGCGCGAUGGGCAAUAGAUCAUACCGGACGUUGGUCGCUACGUCCCGACGUAGCUGGCCCUGUUCCUGACAGCAUACAUAGUGUUGUGAUGUCUUGAAUAAAUACCGGCGAACGAGAGACUUGUGCGCAUGUAUUUCCAACAAGCGCCAUCUCCCUCACUUUUCUUCUUUCAAGCUUUCGUCCUUCUUCAGUUUGCAUCCCCCGCUUUACUUGCUCUUCUUCCCGUCGCCCUUGGUGUUACUCGCGUGAUCCCAGGCCUUGACGACCCAUUUUUGCGUCGCGUCGACGUACCGUUCGUUCUCGACGUGGCGCACGCCGACGCGCAUGCCGUCUUUGCUAAAAAUGACGUUUUUCUUGCCCAUCUUUGCGCUGGCCUGCUUGCCAAUGUUUUGCGAGGCGACCCAGACGUGGUAAGCGACAAACGCGAUGCCGCCGACUAUGACGAGGAGGAUUAUGAGUGGGAGGAGGGUGCUUAUAGUGGACGGCGGAGCUGCCGGUUUGGCGGACUUUCCCCAGGCCAUGAUGUGCUAUUUCGAAAGGGAGUGAUUGUUUGCUCGUGUUUGCCGGGAAAGUCGCAAAUUAGGCCUGCCUGGUUUUCUGAGAGGAAUGGGUUGUGCAAUGUGGACGUAGAAUGACGCAGCAGGGCGAGACUAGAUCAUGCGCAGGAAUGGAUCACCAGACUUGAGUCGAGUCAACUGAGAGCGACGUGGCGAUCAAGUACGUUGCACCAAUUUGGCAUGCAAAGUUCGGUAGUGGCAAGAGAAUUAUCUCAGAUUGAAAAAAAAAGAAGUGGGAACAGGUUCACGAGUAUCUUGGCAAUUCUUAGUAUUUAGAACCUCGAAUAGAAGUGAAGCCAAAAGAGGGCCUGUGAGAGAGCAAGUGGAAACAGUUACGCGGCUCGGGAAUCGACCGCAGAUCUGGGUUCCAAGCAAACAUGCGCAUACCGUGGUACGAGUAGGACAAGGAGAAGGAGGGAGGAGGAACAGUCCCCUUUUAUGAGACAGUAAGGGAAAUCAAGGGACCAGGCGGUGCCUUCCUAGUUACAGCUGAAGUGUGAGCUUACUACUGUGCUGGCGGCUGACGGAAAAUCAAAAGGAAAAAAAAGUCUUUCAGUUCUUCAAAGAAAUUUGAUUGCGAAACGGAUGCCAGCGGGCCGCCAGCUUGUGCCUCACGAUGCAUCACUAGCUCGAGCUGUUUCACUAACUAGCUCAACGGUGAAUGUUAUUUUAAGUCUCCAGCAAGCAAGGACAGACAGUCGG